AUGUCGAACUUUUCCUCCGUGGCGGAGUUACCGUCGCCCCAAAUUACGGACACGGCGGAGGCUCCAGUACCCGAGCCCGCCCACAAGCCUCGUCGGAGCAUGGCCCAGGCCAUCGGCCUUAUAGCGACAUGCACGACCGCCAUGCUGCUCAACUCAGCAAACGGGACUGCCGUCGCCAUCGCGCUGCCGACCCUCGGCCGCGACAUGAAUAUCCCCGCGUACCGUUUGCAGUGGGUCGUCUCCGCCUAUUCGCUCAGCUCGGGCUGCCUGUUGCUGUUCCUCGGCCGUCUCGCCGACCUGUACGGGCGGAAGCUCACUUUCCUGUUUGGCGCCUUUUUGAUGGGCGUGUUCGGAUUGGGAUGCGGAUUCGCGAACGAUGAGAUCACGCUGGAUGUCCUCCGUGGGUUCCAAGGUAUCGGAGGGGCCGCGGUUAUCCCAGCUUCGCUUGGCAUGCUAGCGCAUGCGUUCCCGCCGUCGCGAAUCCGCUCGGUCGCCUUUGCGGCGUUCGCCGCAGGUAACCCUGUCGGCGCCGCCGUCGGCAGCAUCAUUGGCGGUGUCCUCACGCAGCUCACGGAAAAGACGUGGCGCUCAGUGUUCUAUUUCAUGACCGGCAUUUCUGCGUUGGUCUUCGUCGGUGGGUUACUGACGUUUGACAAGGAUAUGCCGUCGACGGAGGAAGAUAAACGCGUGGACUGGCUGGGCGCGUUCCUUAUCACGGCCGGCCUGGUCAUGAUCGUCUUCGUCCUCAGUGACGGGAGCAUCGCCCCGAACGGGUGGAAGACAGGCUACAUCAUUGCACUGCUAGUCGUCGGUGUGCUCCUCAUGGUCGCGUACGUCGGGUGGCAAUAUUACCUCGAGCGCGUGCAGGAUGACCCGGAGGCACCGCGGAGCUGGUGGACGCCCCCGCCGCUGCUGCGCAUCACCCUUUUCGGGCGAGGGAGCGGGAAGCUGGCAGCGAUCCUCGCAAUUGCGUUCCUCGAGUACUGCGGGUUCAUGGCAUUCCCGUUCUGGCUGCAGCUGUAUUACCAGGACUAUAUAGGGUUGGACCCGAUCCUGACCAUGGUGCGGCUUCUGCCCAUGUCCGUCGCGGGCGUGCUCUGCGACGUCGCCGUCGCGCUCGUCGUGGGGUACGUUCCUGUCGUCUAUCUUGUUGUACUCGGGACGGCGCUGACGGGAGUGGCAAACCUGCUGUUUGGGGUGAUCAACCCCGCGGCGACGUACUGGGCGUUCGGAUUCCCGGCGACGGUGUUGAUCGUGUUCGGCGCGGACUUUGUGUUCCCGUCCGGGACGCUGUUCGUCGCGAGGUUAUGUCUGCCGCACGAGCAGAGCGUUGGCGGGGCGCUGUUCCAGACGCUCACGCAGCUGGGUGGCUCGUUCGGUCUGGCGAUCACGACGAUAGUGUACAACGCGGUGCUCAAGAGCAUGUCGCUGCGGGACGGGGUCGCGAUCAACAUCAACGGCACGAAUGCGCCCCCGGACGCGCAGCUGCACGCGUACAAGGACGCGUUCUUCACCGCUGCCGCAUUCAACUUCUUUGCUGCAAUUUUGGCGAUCGUGUUCUUGCGCACGGUGGGCGCCGUCGGUGACAGGGGCGACGGCAGCGAACCUACAGAAGCCGAGGAAAAGGCUCCUGUGAGCAUCGAGGCCAAGUGA